AUGCUGGAGGAACAGAUGAAGGGCAAGCCGCAGAUGCCCUUGAAAAUGCAUUGCAAAGAUUGCGCCCUGGUGACCAGCUCAGGGCACCUGCUGCGUAGUCAGCAGGGCCCCCACAUCGACCAGACAGAGUGUGUUAUCCGUAUGAAUGACGCCCCCACACGAGGCUACGGGCUUGAUGUGGGCAACCGCACAAGCCUGCGGGUCAUCGCACAUUCCAGCAUCCAGAGGAUCCUCCGCAACCGCCAUGACCUGCUCAACGUGAGCCAGGGCACCGUGUUCAUCUUCUGGGGACCCAGCAGCUACAUGCGGCGGGAUGGCAAGGGCCAGGUGUACAACAACCUGCAGCUCCUCAGCCAAGUGCUGCCGCGGCUGAAGGCCUUCAUGAUCACGCGCCACAAGAUGCUGCAGUUCGAUGAGCUCUUCAAGCAGGAGACUGGCAAAGACAGGAAGAUCUCCAACACUUGGCUGAGCACUGGCUGGUUCACCAUGACAAUUGCUCUGGAGCUCUGUGACAGGAUCGAUGUUUACGGCAUGGUGCCCCCAGACUUCUGCAGGGACCCAAAGCACCCUUCCGUACCCUAUCAUUACUAUGAGCCUUCUGGACCCGAUGAAUGUACAAUGUACCUCUCUCACGAACGAGGACGCAAGGGCAGUCACCACCGUUUCAUUACAGAGAAACGGGUAUUUAAGAACUGGGCACGGACCUUCAACAUUCACUUUUUCCAACCAGACUGGAAACCAGAACCACCCGCUGUGAAUCCUGCUGAGGAUAAGCCUGUGUUCUGAGGGGUGAACCUGAUGGAUAAGUGAGGCGCUGGAUAGCAUCCCCGCUGUCUGGCAGAAGGACUUGACCUCUGGCAGGGAAAUGGGAACUGAAUGGGUGGCUGAGAAGAGCGGCGUCCUUCAGCACCAUGGACAGAACCCGGCGGCCAGCGAACAUUCCGGAAUGCAUACAUUCUAAUCAGUAUUGUCUCUUGGAAAGAGCAACUGUAGCCACUGCCAUAGCUAGGAACACUUCCAGGUCUCUGGAAGUAUUGCCUUCGAAUCUGAAACAGGAGCAGCCCAACUCUUAGUUGCGUUUCUUUACAGACAUCCACGUCAAAGGAUUUUUCUAUCAGGCUGUAACCUAACCUGACCUGUAAUCUUUGCCAUUUGUCAGACAAAUUUGUGAUUUGUAAAAGGCCUGAACGUGUGGACGUGUUUCUGAAGAGCACAUCUCCAAUGAUUUUCAUAAAGCAAAUGUCUGCUAUUUAUUUAUUGAGAGUUUUUUAGUGUACUCUAGGCAGUAUUUUUAUAGAUUAUGAUUAUGUGGCAA